CCUUUCCUAUGAGUCUAAAUUGAGCUCAGGUGCCUCCUGUUUCCAUUUGAUCAUCCUUGAGAUGUUUCUACAACUUGAUUGUAGAAACAUGUUAUUUGAUUUUAAUUUGAGUGGACCAGGAAUCGCACUAAUGAGAGUGAGAAGAUAUAGGUUACUGCCUCAGCCUGCCACAUUGUGAAUUAAUGACCAAUGCAGUUGAGAUUCAACUAUAGAAAAACCUUUAUUGAUUAAUUUGUUCAACUUCAUCUGCCAAUCACAAUAUAUUAACAGCUGAACAACUGUAUUUACUGUUCUCUGUGUAUCUACAAAUAGCUCUUAUCCAGAGCAACUUACAGUAGUGAAUUCAUACAUUUCACUUCAUGCAUUUUUGUUCUGGCUCCCGUGGGAAUCGAACCCACAACCCUGGCGUUGCACACACCAUGCUCUACCAACUGAGCCACAACUCUGCCAACCACAUUAUAUUAACAUCUGAACAACAGUAUUCUACAAUAGUUUAUGAACAAGAUUCCUUUUUAUCACGUUAAAUUGUUUUUAUUUUGUUUUCUCUGUAUGUUGAAAUAAAGAGUUCAUCAGGACAGAAUCUCCUUUCAGAGAGGAGCGGGCGGGUCUAACGCGUCUGAUUGGAUAAACGGGCCGGUCUAACGCGUCUGAUUGGAUAAAUGGGUGGGUCUAACGCGUCUGAUUGGAUAAACAGGCGGGUCUAACGCGUCUGAUUGGAUAAACGGCCGGGUCUAGCGCGUCUGAUUGGAUAAACGGGCGGAUCUAACGCGUCUGAUUGGAUAAGCGCCGUGGGCGGAUGUCGGGGUGACGUGACCUACAGAAGAGAUUAUCUUGUUUAUGUCGCUAAAUCUGCUGUGGACGACGACAACACCGUGGAAGACUUCAGGAAGUACCGGCUACUCACGUUUUACCUACCGACGGCUGGCCACGGUGUCGUCACCGGGCUGCAGAGAACCCGUGUGUGUGUGUGUGUUGCGCAGUGUGCUGCGGAUUGUGUUUGAGUGAUGGCGAGGAUGAGGAGGGUGAUGAUGCUUGCAGGAUGAUGAAGAAGCAGUGCCGUGGUGGAUGACAACAAGCUGAGAGAGACAGACCAGAUGGGGGCGGACGCCAGUAAAGCCAGCAAGAGACCCCCAGCAGGGACAGGGGGAAGAGAAGAGACUCAAUGUUCAACAGGAUGGAGAGGAUUAUUUUCCUCCGUUAGUCUGUCCAUCCCUGCGAGCCUCUGUCGCCUGGCCCCUCCCACCCUGCGGCUCGGCCAUCGAAGGACGAUCAGAGAUAAGACCCCUCCUAUCCCGGACCAGGUGUUAGGAGGGCCAGAUAGACUGAGAGCAGAGUGGAGUCUGCCUGGCUUCAUAUCUAUGUUCCUCCCUGAGUUCCCUCACAGAGCUGUACCAGGACACCAACACUUCCAGGUGUUGGGAUAUAUCGCCAAAGGAUCCUUUGGUCCCAUUCUGAAGGUGAAGGACAAGGCCAAGCAGAAAACCUACGCUGUCAAGGUAAUCCCUAAGUCAGAGAUCCUGAGGCUGGGCGUUCUGGAACAGUCUAAAGAAGAAGUUAUAGUACAGCGUCAGGUGCGUCACCCGUUCGUCCACGACCUUCAGGACUGCUGGCAGACACAGAGACACCUCUACAUUAUGUGUGAGUACUGCAGUACCGGGGACCUGUAUACAUACUGGGUGAUGAUUGGCCAGUUCAGCGAGGACGCUGUCAGGGUGUUUGCUGCAGAGUUAGGCUGCGCUCUCGGGUUCCUCCAUGAUGUUGGAAUCAUACACAGGGAUGUGAAGAUGGAGAACAUUCUGCUCACAGAUCAAGGCCACCUCCGUCUGGCUGACUUUGGUUUGUCUCGUCGUCUGGAGAGAGGAGGAAGAGCCUUCACUAUCUGUGGGACCAUCCAGUACAUGAGGCAACAGAGGGAGAAGGGUAAGCGUGCCUUUCUCAUGGUGGCUGUUUUCAUCAAGCCUUCGGCAGCCUUGUGUUCUCAGGGAACCAGUCGUAUUCUCAGAACCUCAGAGAGCCAUGGUGGGGCCCAGACAGGAGGAGUGUGA